AUGCUGAAAAUACUCUUAUAUUGGGCAACUCAAUCGAAUAAACAACACUUAAAAUUUCUAUUCUAUCUAGUUUCUUUGAUCGAGACGACCACAUCUAUUCCACAUAUUGAUGACUAUCAUGCAAACAUCGACGAUCACCAUCCUAAAAUUGUCUGUCUUAUAUGGCUCGAUGCCAACAUAAGCGUUGAAGAAAAUCGAAAUACCGAACAAAGAUUGCGUUCUAUUAUUAACAAUCUCUUAAAGUUUCAAGACGUAACACAGUGUCAAAAAUAUAUUGAAGAACGAUCACAUAAAGAUCGACUAAUAAUGAUUGUUAGUGGUCAAUUAGGACAAGAAAUAGUUCCUUCGAUUCAUAAACUUCAACAAGUUGUAUCAAUAUAUGUAUACUGCAUGAAUAAGGAAAAGAACGAACAAUGGGCUCGCACAUUUGCAAAAGUAAAAGCUGUUGUUGUUGAACUUGAUGAGCUCAUUUUUCGAAUUGGAGCUGAUCAUAGAAUUCAGAAAAUAGUAGAAGAACCUUUGUCCAUUAAUAUUUUUACUACAAGUACUAGUGCAGGUACAUCAACCAUGGGUAUUAAUGGUCAAUUUGUUUAUUCUCAACUUCUGAUUGAUUGUCUUCUCCGAUUAAAAUACAUUGAAGCAGAUAAACAAGAACUUAUUUGCCUUUGUAAACAGAAAUAUGAGAAUGACAUUGCUGAAUUACACAAUCUUCAUGAAUUUGACAAGAAAUAUUCAGCAAACAGAGCUCUAUGGUGGUAUACAAGAGAAUCAUUCUUUUACAAGACUCUUAAUGAAGCUCUGCGUAUGCAAGAUAUUCAUUUAAUUUUUUUAUUUCGUGUGUUUAUUUUCAAUAUUUAUAAUCAAUUGAAAGAAAACCAAGCUAAACAAGCUCUACGAGUUUAUCGUAGCCAGAGGAUGUCAAGUGAUGAAUUGGAACCUUUGAAACAAUGUCAUGGUCAGUUAAUUUCAGUAAAUUCAUUCUUUUCCACUAGUACUAACAAACAAAAAGCUCUUUCAUUUCUUAAUCUUUCUGAUGCUACAAGCAACUUCGAAUCUGUACUAUUUGAAAUUGAUGCUGAUCCUCUCGUGGCUAUUACAAAACCAUUCGCUGAUAUCAGUCCACAUAGUGCAUAUCCUGGCGAAGCAGAAAUUCUUUUUAUGCUUGGUUCUAUUUUUCGUUUGAAAAGUAUCAAACGCAGUGGUGAUAGUCAUGUAUGGAUUAUCGAAAUGACUUUAUGUAGUGAUAAUGAACAUGAAUUAAAGCACGUUCUUAUGGAUAUGAAACAAAAAUUUGGAAGUGGAGAAACAGAUCUUCGAACAUUAGGAAGACUACUAUCGGGGAUGAGUAAAUUUGAUUUGGCUGAGAAAUAUUUUAUUCGCUUGACAGAACAACUCUCAGUCGAUGACACUUUACUUGAUGAUUUAUAUGAAGAUCUAGCCAAUCUCGCAGCACAAGCCGGUAAUUUCGACAAGGGUAUGGAAUGGCGUAAGAAAGCUAUUGUAGUGAAAAAGCAAAGACUAUUAGCUGGUAAGCAACCCUUUUAUUCAGUUUACUAA